AUGCGCAGUCGGGCUGGGCCUCUCGGAGCAUGCGCAGUCGAGGCGCUGGAGGCUGGUGGGCGGGGCCUGGAGCCCCGCGAGGCCGCGUUCCCGGAAGUGUGGAGAGUCUCCGGCCGGUCAGCCGGUGACCCGCGUCCGGCGUCCCGGGAGCCGCACGUGGCUGCCCCGCCUCGGCCCGGGAGCGGCCACGUCGCCCUGGAGCCGCGGGUCUCGGUCGCGGAGGCCGUGUCGUCCCUGACCAUCGCGGACGCGUUCGUUGCGGCCUGUGCGGGCCCCGCCCCGCCGCGCCCCGCGCUCCCCAGCCGGUUCAUCUGCUCCUUCCCGGACUGCGGCGCCAGUUACAACAAAGCCUGGAAGCUAGACGCGCAUCUGUGCAAGCACACGGGGGAGAGGCCAUUUGUUUGUGACUAUGAGGACUGCGGCAAGGCCUUCACCAGAGACUACCAUCUGAGUCGCCAUGUCCUGACUCACACCGGAGAAAAGCCGUUCGUUUGUGAAGAUAAUGGCUGUAAUCAGAAAUUCAACACGAAAUCGAACUUGAAGAAGCACGUUGAACGCAAACAUGAAAAUCCACAGAAACAGUAUAUAUGCAGUUUUGAAGGCUGCACGAAGGCCUUUAAGAAGCACCAGCAGCUGAAGACGCAUCAGGGCCAGCACACCGGCGAGCUGCUCUUCAGGUGCACCCAGGAGGGAUGUGGGAAGCUCUUCGCCUCACCCAGCAGGCUGAAACGGCACGGGAAGGUUCACGAGGGCUAUCUGUGUCAAAAGGGAUGUUCUUUUGUGGCAAAAACGUGGACAGAGCUUUUGAAGCACAUGAGAGAAGCCCAUAAAGAGGAGGUCACCUGCGCAGUGUGCCAGAAGACUCUCAAGCGCAAAGACUACCUUAAGCAGCACAUGAAGACGCAUGCCCCAGAGAGGGACGUGUACCGCUGUGUGCGCGAAGGCUGUGGGAGAACCUACACAACCGUGUUCAACCUGCAGAGCCACGUUCUCUCCUUCCACGAGGAAGCGCGCCCCUUCGUGUGUGAGCACGCGGGCUGUGGCAGGACGUUCGCAAUGAAACAGAGCCUCAUGAGGCACAGCGUUGUGCACGAUCCCGACAAGAAGGGGAUGAAGGCCAAAGUAAAACUGCCUCGAGCAAGACGGAGCUUGGCCUCUCGCCUCAGUGGGUACUUCCCUCCUAAAAGGAAACAAGAGCCAGGCUCCUCCAUGCCCACAAGUGCAGAGUCCAGCAGCAGCCCGCAAGGCAAGAUGCUCCCGACAGCUGCAUCACUUACCCUCCACUAGGCACCCCUGGCCGCGUGAGCGACUCCAGGGCAGCCAGCAGGGCUUCUGCAGAGCCUGGGUUUGUUUAUUAAAAUCACUGACACAGAACGUCUGA